AUGUAUUCAGUUGAACCCAUUAUUUUCGAUUUUACUCAUGAUACUAUUUGUCCAUUGACUUUACUUGAAUAUUUAGAAAUCGAUGGUUGUUAUAUGGUGGAGUUUUUAGAGUUGCUCAAAUAUGUAGGUUCAAAUAUAAAACGAAUGAAAAUUCAUAUAAAUUAUCGACGUGAUCAAGAUCCAGAAUCAAUCGAUGAAAAAAUAAUUGAUAAUCUACUUUGUGGUGAUGAUGGACAACCUCAAAUACCACUAUCAUUAAAUCAUCUUCAUAUGUCGUUUUAUUAUUUAUCAUUAAUGAAUUUUCAACUUGUUUUGAAAUUAUUUCCCAAUCUAAGAUACUUAACAUUAUCGACAUUAAAUGAUGAUUUGAAUUUUGUGUCGCCAACAAUCUGGCAUCAAUUUAUUUCGAAAAAUCUUUUAAAAUUGGAAAGAUUUCAAUUUCACAUACGAAUCGAUGGCAAUUUAAAUCCGAAUAUAGCCCAAAGUUCAUUAUCGGAACUUGUCUAUUUAUUUAAUGAUAUGAAUAGACAAUGGAUCAACAGUCCUAUCAUUAUAGAUUAUAAUUUUCAAUCGGAUCCACCAUUACACGAAUUCUAUACCUAUUCACAACCCUCACAUGAUGGUAAGUAUAUUGUAGAAUUCUAUGGUACAAAAAGACAUAUAGCACCGAGUAAUGAUGCAAUUAAUAUUGAUAAAAAUAUGACAAGAUUAAAAAUUACAUUAAAUGACGAUCAACUAUUAGCAAACGAAAUAUUGACUAUUUAUCCGAAAGUAACAGCAAUCAAUGUUCAUUCGCAAAUGACAACAAUUACAAUUGAAAAUGAUUCGAAAAAUAGUUUGAUUUGUUCUGAUAUAAAGAAAUCUAUCCCUGAUUUAUCCACAGUCACCAUACUUGAUUUUACAACUCAUUCACCAACCAAUUCAGUUUAUCCAUCAACAACUUUUGCACAUUGUCUUUUGGUGACGUUGCCAAAUGUUAGUAGUCUUCAUUUACCUUAUAAUUAUUUACUUCAACUCGUCAAAUCACCACUAAUAACACAAGAAUUAGCCAAACAGAUAGAUUGUUUAUGGAUUACAUGUUAUAAUAGUCCGCCAUUAUUUGAAGAUAUGAUUCGAAUCUUAAGUAUAUUUUCGAAGAAUUUACGUUUUCUAUAUUUUGACAUGUAUAUUGAUUUUCCAUAUGUCACAUUUUACCUUAUUUUACCAUUAUUAAUGCGCGGAAUAUGUACCGAACUGAUGAUGUUUCAAGUGCAGCUAGAGACACAAAAUGGACAACAACAACAACCGUCAACAUUUAAUGAAGAAUUUAAAAUAUGGUUCAAAGAAUGUUUGACGACAUUAUCUAAAGUUAAUGAAAAACGAUCGACUUCAAUAGAAUACAAAAUUAAAGAUGAACAAUUUGUUAUUUCUUUUUGA